CCACUCCCGCCGGAAACGGCAAAUCUCUGGCCACGGACGGCACUGCACGCGUUCCUCCUCCGGAGAUGACGUCGGAGAAGCCGCCGGAUUCGGACUCAUCGAAGCGCCGGAGAUCGUCGGUGCUUCCCCUGGAGGUCGGGACGAGGGUUAUGUGCCGGUGGAGGGACGGCAAAUACCACCCUGUCAAGGUCAUCGAACGCCGCAAGGUUUCUUCCAGUGACCCCAACGAUUACGAGUAUUACGUUCAUUACACAGAGUUUAAUAGAAGGCUUGAUGAGUGGGUGAAGCUCGAGCAGCUUGAUCUCGAGUCAGUAGAGGCUGUUGUUGAUGAGAAAGUGGAGGAGAAGGGGGCAACAGGCUUGAAGAUGACACGCCACCAGAAGAGGAAGAUUGAUGAGACACAUGUAGAGGGCCACGAGGAGCUUGAUGCUGCCAGUUUGCGAGAACACGAAGAAUUUACCAAAGUGAAAAAUAUAGCUACUAUUGAACUUGGAAGAUAUGAGAUUGAGACAUGGUACUUCUCCCCCUUCCCACCAGAAUACAACGACUGUUUGAAGCUGUACUUUUGUGAGUUUUGCCUCAAUUUCAUGAAACGGAAAGAACAGCUUCAGAGGCAUAUGAGAAAAUGUGAUCUUAAGCAUCCCCCUGGUGAUGAAAUAUACAGAAGUGGUACCCUGUCAAUGUUUGAGGUUGACGGGAAGAAGAACAAGGUUUAUGGCCAGAAUCUGUGUUAUUUGGCAAAGUUGUUUCUUGAUCACAAGACCCUCUAUUAUGAUGUAGACCUAUUUCUGUUCUAUGUUUUGUGUGAAUGUGAUGAUCGAGGAUGCCACAUGGUUGGCUAUUUCUCUAAGGAAAAACAUUCCGAGGAAUCCUACAAUUUGGCAUGUAUCCUCACGCUUCCACCUUACCAAAGGAAAGGUUAUGGCAAAUUUCUAAUAGCCUUCUCAUAUGAACUUUCCAAGAAGGAGGGCAAAGUUGGCACGCCAGAAAGACCCCUUUCAGAUCUUGGACUGCUAAGCUACAGAGGAUAUUGGACCAGGGUUCUCUUGGACAUUCUGAAAAAGCACAAGGGUAACAUUUCCAUCAAGGAGCUAAGUGAUAUGACUGCCAUUAAAGCCGAAGAUAUAUUGACAACUCUUCAGAGCCUAGAAUUGAUCCAAUACAGGAAAGGACAGCAUGUUAUUUGUGCAGAUCCUAAGGUUCUUGAUCGCCAUCUUAAAGCUGCUGGUAGAGGGGGUCUUGAGGUUGAUGUUAGCAAAUUGAUCUGGACCCCUUACAAGGAACAAAGUUGAGGCAAGAGCUACCUACUAUUUAUGUAACUUUGAUGAACUUGUAUAUAUAGAUUUUAGGUUAGGUUGGUUAGUUGUUUUAGCACUACCCCCUUUGUGUAUUAACAAAUAACAAAUACAUGGUCUUGUAAAGAUCUUAGCUGAGCUUAGGAACACACUGAUUGUUAUAAGCUGAAUCAUUCUUACCUGUUUAAAUUCAUGACUCAAUGUAUUUGUGCUUAAUUUCAACAAAAGGAAAAGAGAAUACUUGGAAAUCGAC